GGUCGGUUCCCAACACGAGACAACUUUAUUUCCGCCUGUCUGUCAGAGUGGCUGUCAAACACGGGCUAGGGGUUGUGCUCCUGCUGCUCCGUCAUUCAGGAAGUCUAGACCAACUGACAGCACUUCGAGAAGUCACAGCGAAAUCUCUAGAGUCGGACAAAAUAACCCUGAAGUGCGUACGGUUUUCACCAAGGACGAAUUUUACAAAAGGAGCAGUAUUCCACCAGUCAUGAGGGCAUCGGAAAAAAUGCAACACUGGAUUUAAACCGAGAAGAGAGAGGGAAGACAGGCUAGUCCUACAUACCCCUCAACACAUUUCUACAGGUCUAGCUGGCCAAUGCCGGACCCGUCGUGGAUAUUUGGUGGUGGUAGUAGCAGAAGUAGCGUGUAUGUGAGUGCGGUCCCUGGCGCCUAGCCCAUGUCCAGCACAUAAUGCCGUCGUCCACACGGAAAGGAGUACCGAAGGACCCCGAGUUGGCUGACCUCUUCUUCAAAGAUGACCCAGAGGACGUUUUCUGUGACCUGCAUGAGAUCGGCCAUGGCAGCUUUGGGGCUGUCUACUUUGCUCGGAACUCCUACUCCAACGAGGUGGUGGCCAUCAAAAAGAUGUCCUAUAAUGGCAAGCAGACUACUGAAAAGUGGCAGGACAUCAUUAAGGAAGUCAAGUUUUUGGGACAGCUGCGACACCCAAACACAAUUGAGUACAAAGGCUGCUACUUGAAAGACAACACUGCCUGGCUGGUGAUGGAGUACUGUCUGGGCUCUGCAUCAGAUUUACUGGAGGUUCAUAAAAAACCACUCCAAGAAAUGGAAAUUGCUGCCAUUACCCAUGGUGCCUUGCUAGGACUGGCUUACCUACAUUCCCAUAAUAUGAUUCACAGAGAUGUGAAAGCUGGUAAUAUCCUGCUGACUGAGCUGGGUCAAGUCAAACUGGCUGACUUUGGCUCCGCCUCCAUUGCCUCACCUGCCAACUCCUUUGUGGGCACACCUUACUGGAUGGCCCCAGAAGUGAUCCUAGCCAUGGACGAGGGCCAGUAUGAAGGAAAAGUGGACAUCUGGUCACUGGGGAUCACUUGUAUUGAACUGGCGGAACGUAAACCACCCUUGUUCAACAUGAAUGCCAUGAGUGCCUUAUAUCACAUUGCCCAGAACGACUCUCCCACACUGCAGUCCAAUGAGUGGUCUGACCUCUUUCGCAGCUUUGUUGACUAUUGCCUGCUGAAAAUUCCUCAGGACAGACCCUCGUCGGGGGAGCUGCUACGACAUGAUUUUGUACGUCGGGAACGCUCGCCACGCAUUCUCAUUGACCUCAUCCAGAGGACCAAGGAUGCAGUGCGUGAGCUCGACAAUCUGCAGUACCGCAAGAUGAAAAAGAUCCUAUACCAGGAGAAACACAACGGGCCCUUGGGAGAGAGCCAGGAGGAGGAGGAGGACAGCGAGGCAGCCAGCUGUAAGAUGAACAGCCUGGGCAGCAACCACUCUAUUCCCAGCACCUCGGUUAGCACGGGUAGCCAGAGCAGCAGCGUGAACAGCAUGCAGGAGGUGUUGGAUGACAGCUGCUCUGAUAUGACCAUGAUGCAUCCCCAAGACUACAGCAGCACCCUGGACUCCUCCCCACACACCAAGAAGGACCAUCAAUACAACUGGGACGACGGGAUCCACAGGGACCAUCGGCCAGAGCCGACGCCAGCUUCCUUUGAUAAGAGCAGCCAGGCUCAAAACUACAAAAACCAGGGCCGCUUUGCCACCAUUAAGUCUGCCUCACUGGUGACCAAACAGAUUCAUGAGCAUGAGCAGGAAAGUGAGCUGCGAGAACAGAUGUCCGGCUACAAGCGCAUGCGGCGGCAGCACCAGAAGCAGCUGAUCGCCCUGGAGAACAAGCUAAAGGCCGAGAUGGACGAGCAUCGGCUCAAGCUGCAGAAAGAGGUGGAGACGCAGGCCAACAACGCCUACAUUGAACUGGAGAAGCUGGCAAAACGGCAUGCUGUGCAUUCUGAGAAAGAGAUGAAGACGGCGCUGGCAGACGAGAAGAAGUUCCAGCAGCAGAUCGUGGCCCAGCAGAAGAAGGAGCUAACCACGUUUCUGGAUAAUCAGAAAAAGCAGUACAAACUCUGCAAGGAGAAGAUUAAGGAGGAGAUGAACGAGGACCACAGCACACCCAAGAAGGAGAAACAGGAGCGUCUGUCCAAGCACAAGGAGAACAUGCAACAUUCCCAGGCCGAGGAGGAGGCCCAUCUGCUGUCCCAGCAGAGGGUCUUUUACGACAGGAACUGCCGCGCCUUCAAGCGCAAAGUCAUGAUCAAGAGGCACGAUUUGGAACAGGAACAGAUCAGAGAGGAGCUGAACAAGAAGAAGACCCAGAAAGAGAUGGAGCAUGCCAUGCUGAUCCGCCACGAUGAGUCCACGCAGGAACUGGAGCAGAGGCAGCUGAAGACCCUGCAGAAGCUGCGUAUGGACCUCAUCCGCCUGCAGCACCAGACGGAGCUGGAGAACCAGAUUGAGUACAACAACAGACGUGAGCGUGAACUUCAUCGCAAGCAUGUGUUGGAGCUCCGGCAGCAACCCAAGAAUCUCAAAGUUUUGGAGCUGCAGAUCAAGAAGCAGUUUCAGGACACAUGUAAGGUGCAGACCAAACAGUACAAAGCCCUACGCCACCACCAGAUGGAAGUUACGCCUAAGGCCGAGCACAAGACUGUGCUAAAGGCCCUGAAGGAUGAGCAGACACGCAAGCUGGCCAUUCUGGCUGAGCAGUAUGAGCAGAGCAUCAACGAAAUGAUGGCUUCACAGGCGCUGCGUCUGGAUGAGGCCCAGGAAGCGGAGUGCCAGGCCCUGAGGCAGCAGCUGCAGCAGGAGAUGGAGCUGCUCAAUGCCUACCAGAGCAAGAUCAAGAUGCAGACCGAGGCGCAGCAUGAGCGUGAGCAGCAGAAGCUGGAGCAGAAGGUGUCGCUGCGCCGAGCACACCUGGAACAAAAGAUUGAAGAGGAGCUGGUUUCCCUUCAGAAGGAGCGAACCGACCGCAUCAAACACCUGCUGGAACGCCAGGAGCGGGAGAUCGACACUUUUGACAUGGAAAGCAUGCGUCUGGGCUUCAACAACCUGGGCACCUUGGACUUUCCCAAGGACGACUACAGAUGAGGGGCCGUUGUUUCUGCCGCCGCCAUCUUCAUGUAGUCCCCCUGGGGCAACCGUCUGCCUCAGAACACCCCACCUCUCCUUUGACCUGACCUGACAGUGCAGGUGUUCACAGCUGCUGAUGCCCUUCCUCAAACACACUUUAAAAAA